UGACAGAUGGCAAUUAUUUGAGGGCGGGGCUUAAACCUCGGCGGAAAUGAGCGUUUUAAUGCGUCUACAUUUAAAGUUAAUGUUUUGAUUCCUGUGUUAAGUAAGUUGUAUUAUACUGCAUCUUACUAAGCUGUUUUAAUAAGCUGUCUUUUAUGUUAUUGAAGAAGUAAACGUUUAUUCAGCAGUAAGUUAUUUUCUAAUGAGCACAACUGCAAAUUGUUGGUUUAGUUGUUACAUAGCUAGCGAACAUCGCUGCAGAGAACCUACACUAACAACUGCUAGCUACACAAGGACCUCUGACUCUUUAAUAGCCGCAGCUGUGAGCUUGGCUCCUCGGCUUCUCUCUGAGACACAGUGUGUUCAACGCAGCCAUCCGACCUCGAGGUCACCGGCAACUGAAGUACCACUAAAGGGGAAAUAAAGGGAGGAGUUCAGCACUCACUGCGCUGGUGACUGACAGGAAGCGGUCAUAGCUGAUCAGGACGAUGCUGAAGACUGACGCGGAGCAAAGCAGUGUGUGCGGGAGCCUAAGCACAGCCCCAGCCACCCAUAAAGCUCAACCCAAAACAGCAAGUGCGGCACCCAUGGAACACGGGACCACCGGCCCCACGCAGCCAGGCCAGCCAGCGACAGGAACCCCAGAGCCUGGUCUACAAUGCCACCCGGCAGGGCCAGCAGUAGGCUAUAGACAGACGCGCCCAGCAGAGGACAAGGCACGGGAGAAGCAGGGGACACCUAGGACCCUAGCCAACAAGAGACCACACCCCACGUGGGCAAAAAGGCGGGACGCCCCACCCCGAGGGGCCCAGAGACUCCCUGCAGCCGGACGGGAAGACAACCCCCACCCCACCAGCAACCGGGCCAGACACGCUGACACAGAAGGUCACUACUCCAGUAACCGGCCGACUUGCAAGUCUUUUCGGCGCUUCCGGGGCGAGCGGAUCAUCCUCUACACCAUUGUGCCGGGCGACUUUGUGCUUAUCAAGAACUUCAGACGGAAGAGCUGGAAACAACGACGCUGGCUCGGCCCGUUCCAAGUUCUCCUCGUCACCCACACUGCAGUGAAAGUGGAAGAACGGCCGACGUGGGUCCACGCUUCGCAUUGCAAGGCGAUUUCGGGCCCUGUAGCGGUGGCCGCAGCAGAGGAGUGAGGAGUUGCAAAAUCGCUUUUGGCUCCUACGGCAGGAUCCGCGGCUGCAGAGACGACGGUUACACACACACACCUCCCUCGCAUCACACCUUUAGAGAAACACUACUAGAAUGGAGACACAGGUGAAGGCGCUGAUGGCCAAAAUCACCAGGACAAACAGAAGAAAAGAGGUUAGGGAACACAAGAAGAUUUGCGCUAAGGACAAGCGACAGAAUAAAGUUUUCCCCCUGGUGCGCAUACAGGGGAUCAGGAUCGAAUACAAUGAUAAGUUCAUUGUGUGUUGCGUUAUGGCCAAUGACACUUUUUGCGUUACCAUGGUUUUGGAUGCACGCAGGAGGCGGAGGACAAAUUGACAGGAACGUGACAGCGCCACUUUCAAAUUCAGGCAAUCCUCCGCUCUCGCAACGUGUGAAAAGAGAGGAUGGGUCUAUUUUGGAUGAUAUGUGGCUGCAUGAGCUUGCAAAGUCAAUAAAUCAUACCAGUGUGUAUACGCUUAAUUAUUGGUACCAAUAUGCAAAAUAUGUAGCGGAUUCGCAUAAUCGCUCAAACUGCUAUGUCUGUACAUAUAUGCCUAUAGCGACGUCCAGUCCACACGUCACACCUAAGCCUGUAAUGGAGGGUUAUAGAUAUUUUCCGAGGAUGUGUUAUUCAUACCUAUUUGCAGCAAAUCUGAGUGAUACGGUUUAAGCGCGUACGGGGACACCUUUGUCUUCACUUAAAGAUCCGAAGUUAGAUUUUUAUGAUCUGUGGUCCGAUAAUGAUACAAAUGUGCUUUUUAGUCCAGUUUAUAUUAGGCCGGGUACGAAAUUUGUGUGUUAUGCGGUAUCUUGUAGCCUUGAGAGCCGCCAGUGCAGAUGGGACAAAUUCCACUGAUGUAUUGUUUAAACGUGACUAGUCCAUGCACUGCAUAUCACGGUAACACUAAUUUGAACAUUUCACAGGCUGCGCAAGGAAGGGGCUGUUCUCCCCAUUUUACAGUUCCAGUUCAAACUGGCACGCGGCCUCAGGAGGAUGUUCUGUGGCUUUGUGGCUUUAAUGUUUAUGUUAGAUUGCCAUAUAAUUGGGUGGGCCGUUGUGCUAUGAUAACAGCUACUGACCACUCUUACAUUGUGUCAGCUGUUUUGAGCCAUAGGGGUAAGCGUGAGUAUACCCCCCAUGAUGUGGUUUGGGGCACAAAUGUGCCUGCAGAUCAUAAACUUUGGACAGCAGGAGAAAAGGUGGCAUUGGCAUUGUUUCCACAGCUGGGCGUGGGGAAACUCAUGCUUAGAAUGGAGACGCUGAAUUAUCGGUUUUCAGGUUUUGUAAAUUCAAAAGUUACUAUUAUGGAGGCGAGCAGAGUCGAAAUGAAGGCGUUACGGGCUGUGACUUUGCAAAAUCGUAUAGUAUUAGACCAUUUGGUAGCGAGCGUCGGAGGAGUUUGUGCUAUGCUGAAUUCAUCGUGUUGUAGGUUGUAUUACUUUCUAAGGUUUAUUUGGUGUGUGUUUUUUUUGCGAGUUAGUAAUUUCAUUGUUUGUAGUUUAUUAAAGGUACUAAAAGGGAGGAUGUGAUAGCAAAAUUACUUGUACUCGUUUCAUUGAAGAUGUUCUUUGAACGGGUCGCCAAAAGUUGUUUAUUGGGCUCAGGAAUGUGACACUUAGCAAGAGAUCUAUUAUCUGAUCAAGCUCUGUCUUCAGUGUCUUUGAUGUAACAUGUAGUUGACGUGGGCAUGUGUUUUCCCUCUUCCUUACCCCCAACAGAGCUAAAUUGUUCCCCUUUCCUGAGUGACCCCCCUCCCCUGGGUAAACGACACCCUCUACCCUUCACGGGCCUUUGGGUAGUCAUUCCAAUGGUGUACUGUAUGUAAAUGACCAUGGAGGGUGGGACUUCUGAGAAUGUAUAAUUGUCAUGUCAAAUUCUAAAGGAGUGAGAACAAGCUGGAACGAACGGAUUUGUCGUUCUGGUUUGGUCUCGCUUUGCAAAGCUUGUUAUUAUUUGUUUGUUACUUUAAUAAAUCAUUUUAAAGCUAUUUGUCACUAAAGGAUCGUCUUUAAGAAAUUUCCACG